AUGGGGACUACAACAAGCAUUGAAUCAACAACAUGGUUUGAUCGAUUACCUACUGAAAUUAUUUUUACAAUAUUUGAUUAUUUAUCAAAUAACGACAUCAUUUAUACAUUUUUCUUCUUCAGUCAACGACUUAACAAUUUAUUGCUACAAAACCCGCAUUAUACGAAACAUUUACAAUUACCAACAAAGAAUUUCGAUACAUGGAAAAAUAUACUUUCAGUUAUUGGAUCUUGGAUAGAAUCAUUAAACAUAACUUCAAUUGGUUUACCAUUUCCAGUAGAAUAUUUUUCAAAUCUAAAAUCAAUAAUUAUUUCCACACCUUAUGGUUUACCAGAUGAUCAAAUGAAAUUAAUCUUCCGAAGUAAAUCCUUUGCACAACUACACUCGUUCAAAAUAAAAGAAAAUCUAAUAUAUUCUACUGAAUCAUUUUCUUCCCGUUUGAUCAAUCAAAAUAACGUAUUGAGAAAAGUUUUCAAUAAUAAAAGUCUAUUACAAAAAUUUCAUUAUCCAUGGAUUAUAAAAUAUGCAAAAGAUCGUUUAAGUGGUUAUGAAAUUAAUUUAAAUUUACAUUCAUUAACACUGAUUUUGAAUGAAUUUCAAGAUAUAUUUUCAUUAAUUUCAUAUACACCAAACUUAAAAUAUUUAAAUAUUCGUACACAAUUAAGCCGUACUUGUAUAACACCAAUCGAGAAAAGUAACAUCAACUUAAAACAAUUUUAUUUAACCUUAAAAGAAUCAAUUAGUUUUUUCGACGAUUCGAACGAAUUAAUCAAUGGAAUAAAACACUUUUCAUCAUCAUUAACUUGUUUAUCACUCAAUUUAAUUGAAUGCACUGAUAUAAGAAAAUUUGAAUUUCCAUUUAAUAGUGUAGAACUUCAACAAUUAUUAGAAUCAAUGAUCGAGUUCAAACAAUUUCAUCUUUAUGCUAUAUUAGAGUCUUAUGGUUAUUCUUGUAACGUUUUAUCUGAGUUUCAAGAUCAAUAUUGGUUUGAUCAUAAGCGGACAUUUGGAAUGCAUGGAACAUAUUUCUAUACAUUACCAUUUCAUUUCGAGUAUCUUCAUGAAUUCUACGAACUAAUCCUCGAAUAUGGUGUACUAUUAAAUAUAUUGAUUUGGAGUAUAGAUCGACAUAUGAUAUUAACUUUCUGA